ACAGGCACUCUGCAGAUGCAGAUACUGAUACUGAUGCCAUCCCCGGACAGACGAAAAAAACUUUCCUUGUCAGUUAUCCAUCCUCCCUCUUCUGCUCUUGUCUCCCUCCAGGCGAAGAUUGUGCGGAGAGACUAGAAAAGCUGGAUACCGUUUCCAUCACGGCCAGUAGAGUGUCCUUCUACCACUGGCGCGGUGCACUGAGACAAUUCCGUCCACGGACGGUGCAAUCCGCGCCCCUCGGCCUCCAUCUCCACCAGACCAACACCAACCCUAACUUGACGACCUCUCUCCCUCCGUACAGCAGGGUAAAUAGGUAAUCUCCCCUUCUUCGUCUCCGAUCGACACUCCCUCUCCGUUUCACACUAUUCCUCUCGCUCCCUGGGAUUGCCGGAUCUGGUGUAGGACUUCGAUUCCUGAGUUCAACAAGCGCUUGGCCACGGGGCCGUCCCGGCGAAGAGAGGACUUCUUCCCCUGGGAACAAGCUCUGGUAGCAUUGAACCCACAAGCCGUCUUCUAUCCGCCGUCAGAGACCCAUUAACUUGGUGUCUUGCAUUUCAAACACCCAUGACUGCUCUCCACCAGCAUCCAAGCUUUCGGUCGCCUUUAUCCGCAAUAUUCACCAACCUCGAGGAUCAACAUAGGCAGUGUCAAUUAUCCCGCGAUGAGGCGCGGUGCCUGAUCAUAUCAACCUAAACCUGGGACCCUAUAGUCAUGGACAGCCGGUCCACCAGAUAUCGAUCGCUCGACUCCAAGGCUGCCGUGGCAUCUUCCCUGACACGGGAUAGACAUAACUCAGCGCCCAACGUUGACAGCCGACGGAAAGAUCAGCAUUCCCGCCGCCCAUCAGCCACUUCCAGACCCUCUGAUGCCGGUCAUCGCGGCUCCAAGUCCCGUUCUCGCGGAGCCACACUAGCAUCGCCGGAGCGAAAGCCCACAGCAAGGCAGUCCGGUCGACAGUCUUCCUCAGAUUUGUCACCUGAGUCCAGGCUAGCCACUAAGCCACCUAAAAGUGACCUCAAGCCGUCAAUCAAUCUUGUGGUGAUUGGCCCUCAUAAUUGCGGCAAAAGCUCCUUUAUUCGAAGUGUAGUACCCGAAGAAGGUUCUUCGUCUUCCACAUUGAUAACUGUCAAGAACCAGUCAUAUCGUGUACAAUUCAUCGAACUUGCGCUCGAGGAUGUCGACUACAAUAGCAGCCGGAGGAUAGAAUGGCCUUCCUUCUGGAAGGGUACAGCGUAUCCGCAGGUGGACGGAGUAUUUUGUCUCUACGACGUUUCCGAUAAGGAAAGCGUCGCUGACAUCCCUACAGCUUUGACAUCUAUGACAAACAGUGGACUGCCUUGUAUGCUGCUUGCUUCCAAGUGCGACGUGAAGCAGGACUCUCGUCAAAUCGACCCGAAGUUUCAUGAGCAAAUCCGCCGUAAUCUCGCCAACGUUGCGAUUGCGGAGAUAUCUAGUACAUCCCCAGAGAGUGCGAAACUCUGCCUGCUGGCCAUGCUGGACCGGGUUGUGACUUCUAACCGAGUUCUAUCGAGCGCCGCACAUGCCGUUGCCCCAGCUGGGGCUUCCCAACGAGUUGCCUCUCGGGAUCACUCGCCGAAGAAAAGCAGAAGUCGCAGCCGGUCGAACAGCCGCUUGCAGACGUCGAAAUCGAAAGAGUUCCUCCUGAACCUCUCGACCCGGCCAGCUGUCAUUGAGUCGGCCGACGAAGAAAGCGAAGCGUCGCCUGUGGAAGAUGUAGGCUCAAAUGGUAGAAGGACGAAGCUACGAUUGGACACUUCAGCAGCUUCCAGGUCCCAAGGUCGACCUACAGAACCUCACACACCUGUCUCAUCCGGUGACUAUACUAACAAAAUCACAUCACCUACGGGGCCUUCGACCUCGGUCGUCCCCGAAACCCCAGACUCUUACUAUGUGAAGUCUAUGCUCCGUCCAGCUGAAACCCCCGAUAAUCGAGCCUAUCAGACAUUCCUUAAUAUGGAGGAGGAUCCGAGCGACCCCUCCCCACGUACGGAAGUUGACGACUCGAAGCCCUUCGGAAAUGCAUUGGCAAAAUUGUCGCUUGAUGAGAACAAACAAGAGUCUGGCGUACACUUCAAGGAGCUUGUCGAAAGACUGCUGAUGCUUCCGGCUAACAAAGCACAGUCGAAAUUUGUGCCCUCUUUCCUCUGUCUGUACCGCGCAUUUGCGACUCCUCAACAACUACUCGUUGCCAUCAUCGACCAGUUCAUGAAGCUUGAGCAGAGCAAAAUGGUCCAUUUCACCAAGGUCGCCGAGAUGCUUCGGUACCUUCAAGUGCUGGGUCAGUGGACCGCCAACUAUCCUGGUGACUUUGCCCCAGGCCCAGCUCGUGACAUUGCCGUUCCCUUUGUGCAAAGUAUCGAAAAGAGCAAAGUGUUUGCCCCGGCUGCACGCGAGAUCAGCAAUAAUCUAGACACCAUGAUCCCGGAUGAAGACGCGGACUGGGCGUAUUCUGACAGCACCAGCACACCGAGCGGUAAAAGUAAAAAGGCCGCGACACCUCUACCGUCGACGAAGAACGAAAAACUUGCUCAGGCGAGCCAGAGAUCUCAUAAAGACGAUACCGACAGUGGAGACGAUGGUGACUCGUCCGCACCAGAGUCAAAUGCGCUGUCGUCUUCCUCGAGCCUGAUCAAGUCCAGCAACACAUCGAGCCAAUCGUAUACCAAUUACAUGCAAUUGCAGAAUGCGAAAAUCCAAGCCGAGAAGUACAAGGUGAUACCUCAUAUUCGUCUGAGCAAGCUGCAAUGGCACCAAUUCAUGGAGACUCCGGUCGAAGAGACCGCCCUCGAAAUCACCCGCAUUGACUGGACCAUGCUUUCUGCCAUCAGGCCGCGGGACUUUGUCCGACAUGUGUCUCUCUCUGCUAAAGAUAAGAGGAAGUCUCGCGGGUCCGACAAUAUCACUGCCAUGGUGAAACAUUUCAAUCAUCUUGCAUUGUUUGUUUCUGGUAUGAUAUUGCUGCGAGAUAAACCGAAACACCGAGCGAGAGCCCUGGAAAAAUUCAUGGCAUUGGCGUGGAAAGUACGGCAACUGAACAACUACAAUUCUUUGGGUGCAAUAGUGGCAGGCAUCACCGGUCAUGAAGUCGCUCGUCUUGCUGCUACACACGAACUGAUAUCGCCUGAAGUGCACAAGCAGUUCCUUCGUUUGACGAUUCUGAUGGGCCUCUCGAAAUCGCACGCUGCGUAUCGAAUGGCUUGGGAGAAUUCGGCGCAUGAGCGGAUCCCUUUCCUACCGCUGGUGCGUCAAGAUCUUACCAUGGCCGCUUCGGCGAACCCGACAUUCAUUGGCGCCAACAUCAAUUGGAAGAAGUUUGAGAUCAUGGGUGAGGUGAUUGUCGGACUCCAGAGGUGUCUAGAGGAGCCGUAUACCUUUCCGCCACGAACCUCGCGCACUGAGGAGACCAUUAAGAUGAUCUUGGAGACAAAGAUUGUCGAAGAAAGCGAGGACUCUGCGGACCCGCGCAGCGAAUUAUACGAUCGAAGUGUACAGGUUGAGCCACAAGCUGUCGUUGAUACAAAGAAGAAGUUUGACUGGUUACGACGUUGAUGACACAAAAUUUAGCGUUGGAUUGGAUGAGAAAAACAAUAUACCAACCUUGUGGAAUUAGAAAAAGGAUUAGAAUCAAGGAAAAUGGUCCCUCGAGGGAUAGAAGACCAGCUCUUGUUUGGAGAUUUGGUCGAAAAGUGUGCUCGACAUGAUUGGUGUCGAGCAUGUUACGGGUCAUGAUUUACGACAAUAAAAGAUGUAUGGGUGACAUGUUUGGACAACUGAAGAUUUCGGCGGUUCACUGGGGUUGAGAAAGAAUCGAUGCGUUUGAGUUUUAAGGUUUGCGUCGCCUCUUGCAGGUGUCUUUGCUCUAGCCGGGGCAAAAAGUCUGGAAGAUACAACAGUAUUUGAAGAAGGUGCCAAUUGCCUGUUAUCCAUGCCUCAAAGAUCUAGUUGCGAGCGUAUCAAGUCUAAUACCCAGGAGAUUUGCGACGGACAUCUAGGAUACCAUAGGAUUGUAACGAGCUGGUCUGGCAGGUUGAUUUGCGCAACUACAGUACCCACGGUAGCUGCUUACCUUUGCAUGGAUCCCAGUGUGAACACUGCAUCUGUUUGAGAGAUGAACUCGAAUACUCGGCCUAGUGAAGGUGACUUUUUGACAGUUUUCUAGCUCACCAACGUACAUAUAUACUCACAACGACACCUAGAACGUGAACCACUGGCCCUGCAAGAACAGAACACCACAUCAAUCAUCAGCUCUACUAUUCAUUGUG